AUGGGUUCCACGACUCUCCCUGUCGCCCUGCAGAAUAAGCUGCUGGGGUACGGCCGGGCGUCCAGCGCGCAUUUAUCUGCCGUCAAUCUGGACCUCAUCCGCAACAUCGUAUUUAUACUCUUCCUUUUCCGCUACACGCGCAAGACAUUCUAUUCGCUUCGUGGCUACGGCCUUUUAGGAAGCAUCCGCAACGCUUACAUCGCUGUUCGCCUGUUCUGUUACUCUAUCUUCCUACGCACCCCCGGCGUCCGAGGCCAAGUCGAUAAGCAGGUCUCUACAGCUAUUGAGAACCUUGAAUCGAAGCUUGUACAGAGAGGUCCGGAUGUUACUCGGUAUCUCACGCUGCCUAAGGAUGGCUGGUCUGCGGAUCAGAUUCGUGAGGAGCUCACUAAGUUGGCUGGCUUGGAACAUACACGCUGGGAAGAUGGACGCGUGAGUGGUGCGGUGUAUCAUGGUGGCAAGGACCUCUUGAAACUCCAGGCAGAUGCAUUUGGCCAAUUUGGCGUUGCCAACCCGAUUCACCCAGAUGUUUUCCCUGGCGUUCGCAAGAUGGAGGCCGAGGUGGUUGCUAUGGUCUUGUCUCUGUUCAAUGCUCCCUCGGAUGGCGCUGGUGUCACCACCGGUGGUGGCACGGAAUCUAUCCUCAUGGCCUGCUUGGCGGCCCGGCAAAAGGGCCUCUUGGAGCGAGGGAUCACGGAGCCGGAAAUGAUCAUUCCGGAUACCGCACACGCAGCCUUCAUCAAGGCCUGCAACUACUUCAAGAUUAAGCUGCAUCGCGUCCCUUGCCCUGAACCCGAGUUCAAGGUUGACGUCCACGCUGUGCGACGUUUGAUAAACCCCAACACUGUUCUCCUUGUGGGCUCAGCACCCAACUUCCCCCAUGGUAUCGUCGAUGAUAUUCCCGCUCUGUCGCACCUUGCAACCAAGUACAAGAUCCCUCUUCACGUGGAUUGUUGCUUGGGCUCUUUCGUUAUUGCUCUUCUUAAGAAGGCUGGCUUCCCCUCACCUUACGAAGAAGAGGGUGGCUUCGACUUCCGCCAGCCCGGUGUCACCAGUAUCAGUGUGGAUACUCACAAGUACGGAUUUGCGCCCAAGGGCAACUCCGUUGUUCUGUAUCGGAACAAGGCCUAUCGCAGUAACCAGUACUUCAUCUACCCUGACUGGUCGGGCGGCGUCUACGCCUCGCCUUCCGUAGCCGGUUCUCGCCCCGGUGCGCUGAUUGCUGGCUGCUGGGCUAGCUUGAUGAGCGUUGGUGAGACGGGAUACAUCAACAGCUGCACGGAGAUCAUCAAUGCCGCGCGCAAGUUCGACUCUGCUGUCCGUGGACAUCCCAUAAUCUCGCUUCACAUGGAGGUCGUGGGUAACCCUAUGGUCAGCGUGGUCGCCUUCCGCAGCAAGAACGGCGCUAUUGAUACCUACGACAUCGCCGACGAUCUCUCCGCGAAGGGCUGGCACCUCAACGCCCUGCAGUCCCCAGCUGCCCUGCACUGUGCUUUCACCAUUCCCACGGCAAAAGCCGUCGACCACCUCAUCGCAGACGUGGUCGAAGUCAUUGAGAAAGAGCUGGAGAAGGCCGAGGAACGCCGCCAGCAAGGCAAGGCUUACAUCUUGAAACGUGGCGAGACCUCCGCCCUCUACGGUGUUGCUGGAAGCAUACCUGAUAAGAGCAUUGUGAGCCGUCUGGCAGAGGGCUUCCUUGACACGCUGUACAAAGCGUAA